AGCUCAGACGGGCUGUCCGCUGCACUUCUCCGGAGGAUGAGCUGAAGACGGGACGGGUCUGUCUGGUCGGCAUGCCGCGGAGCGGGCUGGAGCUGUGAUUUCGAGCCUGAUCCGAGGAGAGAGGCGGCGGAGAGGCGCUGCAGCUUCACGAGGGGGAUUUAAACACCAGGAUGGAGGAUUCGAUGGGAGCGAGGGCAAACGGGCCGGUGGCGGCGCCCAGAAACCCGGGCGACUCCUCGCUCGGCCCGCCGCUGUCUCCAGACGAGCUGGAGGACGAGCAGCAGUCGUCCCUGACCGACGUCACCCAGAUGUGGAUUAAAUUCGGCAAGACCUUCGCCAUCAUCUUCCCCAUCUACGUGUUGGGCUACUUUGAGUUCAGCUUCAGCUGGGUCCUGGUCGGCCUGGCGGCGCUCCUCUACUGGAGGAAGAACUACGGCGGGCAGGACUACCGGAUCAACCGGGCCCUGGCUUUCCUGGAGCACCGGGAGAGAGUCGUCAAGCAAGUCGUGCCCACGACCGAGCUGCCGCCCUGGGUCCAUUAUCCAGAUGUGGAGAGAGUGGAGUGGCUGAAUAAGACGGUGAGACAGAUGUGGCCGUUCAUCUGCCAGUUUGUGGACAAGCUGUUCAGAGACACCAUCGAGCCGGCGGUGAAGGGCGCCAACCCCCACCUGGGCUCCUUCUGCUUCACCAAGAUCGACAUGGGCGACAAGCCUCUGAGAGUCAACGGGGUCAAAGUUUACACGGAGAACGUGGACAAGCGGCAGGUCAUCAUGGACAUGCAGAUCAGCUUUGUGGGGAACACAGAGAUCGACGUGGACAUCAAGAAGUACUACUGCAGGGCGGGAAUCAAAAGCAUCCAGCUCCACGGCGUGAUGCGGGUGGUGAUGGAGCCGCUGCUCGGGGACAUGCCUCUGGUCGGAGCGCUGUCCAUCUUCUUCCUGAAGAAGCCGCUGCUGGACAUCAACUGGUCGGGACUCACCAACAUGCUGGACAUCCCCGGAGUGAACGGUUUGUGUGACAACAUGCUUCAGGACAUCAUCUACAGCUACCUGGUUCUCCCAAACCGGAUCACCAUCCCGCUGGUGGGAGAGGCCCAGCUGGCUCAGCUCCGGUUCCCCGUGCCCAAGGGAGUCCUGAGGAUCCACUUCAUCGAGGCCCAGGAGCUUCUGGGGAAGGACAAGUUCCUGGGGGGCCUGAUCAAAGGCAAGUCGGACCCGUACGGAGUGAUCCAGGUGGGAACCGAGCUGUUCCAGAGCCGAGUCAUCCACGAGACCGUCCACCCCAAGUGGAACGAGGUCUUCGAGGCUCUGGUUUAUGACCACUCCGGUCAGAAUCUGAGCAUCGAGCUGUUUGACGAAGACACCGAUAAAGACGACUUCCUGGGCUGUCUGACGGUGGAUCUGGCUGAGCUGCAGAAAGAACACAAAGUGGACGAGUGGUUUACGAUGGAAGACGUGGCUACUGGGAAACUUCACCUCAAACUGGAGUGGCUGUCUCUGAUGAAAACACCCGAGAGGCUGGACCAGGUUCUCAGCAGUAUCAAAGCCGACCGCGGUCACGCUAACGACGGUUUGUCUUCCGCUCUUCUCGUGGUUUUCCUGGACUCGGCUCGAAACCUCCCGCGCAAUCCGUUAGAGAUCAACCAGGCGGGUUUGAAGAAGACCUCGAUCAGUAAAGCCAUCAAGUCCGGUAAAAAAGUGACCAGCGAUCCGAACCCAUUCGUCCAGUUCACGGUGGGACACAAAUCCUUCGAGAGCAAGACCAAAUACAAGACCAACGAGCCGGUGUGGGAGGAAACCUACACCUUCCUCAUCCACAACCCCAGGACGCAGCAGCUGGAGGUGGAGGUGAAGGACGAGAAACACGAGUGUUCUUUGGGGACGCUGACGGUCCCGCUUCAGUCCCUGCUGGAGGCCGAGGACAUGACCCUGAACCAGCGCUUUCCCCUCAAGAACUCGGGUCCGAGCUGCACCCUGAAGAUGAAGAUGGCUCUGAGGGUUUUGAGCGUCGAUAAAGACGCGUCCUCGUCCUCGAGUUCGACGCCAUCUUCUGUUCAAGUCCGGAAGUCCAGCUCCUCCAGCGACGCCCGCCGGCCCUCCGCCUCCACCGAGCCCCCCAGGACUCCCGGCACCGCCUCCGACGUCCCGCGCUCCGCCUCCGAGUCCGCCCAGGACCCGGCCGGCCGGCGCAGGCCGUCCGAGGACCGCCCGAGGAACCCCGGAGCUCCGGACUACGGACCGGCGGCAGGCAGAGCGGGCCAGGGCCUGGCGGAGGCCGGGCGCAGCACCUCCAACCUCACCAUCUCCGGCUCCCAGACGCACCUGGCGGGAGGCAAAGAGCCGACGCCCAGCAUCGCCUCGGACAUCUCCAAUCCCUACGCCGCGCAGGAGCUGCAGCAGAGGCUGCACCAGCUGCACAACGGUUCCGGCCCCAGUUACUACCCCCUGGGUGAGAUCCAGCUGACGGUCCGUCACAGCUCCCAGAGGAACCGGCUCAUCGUGGUGGUUCACGCCUGCAGGAACCUGAUCGCCUUCAGCGACUCGGGUUCCGACCCGUACGUCCGACUCUACCUUCUCCCCGACAAACGGCGUUCCGGCAGGAGGAAAACCCACACCUUCAAGAAGACCCUGAACCCGGUCUACGACCAGACGUUCGAGUUCAGCGUGUCGCUGGUGGAACUCCACAGACGUACUCUGGACGUGGCGGUGAAGAACGGCGGAGGGCUGCUGUCCAAACACAAAGGGCUUCUGGGAAAGGUUUUGGUGGAUUUGACUCAUGAGGAGAUUUCUAAAGGCUGGACGCAGUGGUACGAGCUGAGCGAGGACGGCAUGGCCAAGCCGCAGCUGUGACGGAGCGCCGGCCACGCCCCCUCACGUAACCACGCCCUGCACACGGCCACGCCCUCACUCGUAACCACGCCCCUGCACAUGGCCACGCCCCCGCACGUGCUUUCCAUCAUGCUGACCUGUAAAGGCAGAGACGCUCUUCAACCACAUCAGUCGCAGCCAAACCCCCCCUUUAAGAAGAGACGGGUGGAGAAACUCACAGCACCUCCUGACGGAGGUCUGGACUUCCUGUUUCCUCCCCAAAGAUCCAAUGUAAAUAAUGGAAUGCUGGAAGAGUGUGUGUGAGUGUAUGUGUGUGAGAGAAUGUUGUUUCAUUUGAAUUUUUUUUUCAAACCAAACAUUCUGAAGCAGUGCAGCGCCAGGCGUGUCGGCCUCACACACAGACGGCCCCCGGUUCGAGUCCGUGCUUUGGGGUUUGCAUGUUCUCCCUGUUCCCUCUGGCGGCGUUAACGAUGAGAUGAGUAAGCCAAGGGCUGGAAUCAGUUCAGCACGGCUGAAAAGGGCGAAAUGCUGAAACACCUGAAGCUGAGAUGUGAGAAGACGAGCCGCCUGCGACCCGCUGAAGGAGCUGGACCGUCGUCUCUCUCGUUCAGACCUCGUUCACUGCAUUCCUCUUCAUACGAAGGGACUCGAUGAGAUGUCGUGUCAGACAGCCGGGAAUCGAACACGGGUCCCUUUACCCAGCAUUGAACAGCUCGCCUGAUACGUUACCUGAUAGCUAAUUUUCAAUAAAUCAGUCAGUUACUUUGCCAGAUGAAAACCAGUCAGUUUACCUUCAUUUGGAUUUAAUGAGACGUUUAAUAGUUUAGUUUGUUUCUUUCCCGGCGCCAUGAUUCUUUAGUUCAAAGUGAAAAAGAGGUUUUUUCUCCUCACAUUGGUUCCCGACUGAACGGAACCCGUUGGAAGUUCCCAGAAUCCACUUCAAGGCACUUAUUAAUUAUUAAUCCCGACGCUCAUUCUGCUCUGGCUGUGUUUUUUUUUUCUUUCUUUUUUGAAAGUUGAACUGUUUCCGCUGCACUGGGCGAGCUGUUUCUACUCCGUAUGCUAGGCUACACUGACAAGCUGCUGGUUUCCGUAUUGAACGGUUUGAUCGGGAAAUUAGGUGUGAAAGUUGUUGAAAAGCGACCGUCUUCCUCAGAUCCCACCUGCUGGCCGUAGGAGGAACUGCACCCUCAAUCAUUCCAUUUUGUCACGAUUCAGCCAAACGUCAGGCUUUAAAACAUCCAAACUGUAUUUAUUAUUGAAAUGAAGUUCAGGUUCUUUCUCUUCAAGAUGUUCCUGUUCACAGAUCAAGUCUUCCAGGUGUAGAACUUUUCAUAUUGAUGACGAACCGUGAAUGGCGGCUCAGUUCGGUAUGAACGAACCAGUGUUUCCUCCUGUUAAAUGAUAGAUUACUGAUAAGUAGCGUAUGAACAGAUCAAAGCACCUGAUGGGUGAUUUAUCGAUAGCUUCUCCACGUCGUGGUUUUAUUGCGUCACUUCUUCUUUUACGUUAUCGUAAUACUUUCCGUCAUUCUGAAUUGAAGCCUUUUGUUUUUGAUGGAACUUUGGUCUUAACGUGUCUUGUUUCCACUCGUUCUGCUGAAAACCUCUUUAAUCCGGUUUUCCUCCAGUUUUCUGUACAUUCGCGUCGUGUUCAGAAGGGAUUCACGCCACCAGACGCUUCGCUCUUCGCUUCAAACGCACACUAUAAGCACAUUUAGCCAAAGAGCAGCAGUUUGGAACCGGCUCCACCUUUUUUACGUUCAUAUCAAGCUUAAAGGAAGUAUUUUACAUAUCCAGAACGUCCAGCUGUAGUUUAUGUCUGUGGAUGUUUUUUUUUUUUUUUUUUAAACUUGUGUUUUCCUGCUCUGUGUCUUUUCUUUGGUAAGAAACAAUGAGUUUGUCUGAAACGGGGAGGAGUGGAACCUCCUCUCCGCGUUCUGCAUUUAUCUGGUGCCUUAAAGAGUUCCACAGCAGAACGCAGAACGUCAACACCAGAAACGUGUUCUACAUGUCUUUUACCUGAAUAAAGAGCUUUAGCUGGCAAUCGCAGCAUG